GCCGCCGCCUCCCCCUCCCGGCUCCGGAACCGCCUCCUCAGGCAGUGGCGUCACCCGCUCGGUGUCGCGGCUUCUGCAGAGAGUGGCGGAGGUCCGUCCUGGAGCCCAACCCUGGAGGCGAGCGGGGGGCCAUGGAGAAAGCGGCCCGAGGCGCCCCUCAGACCGACUAGAGCGGGCCCGUCGCGCCUGCGGCGCCAUGGACCGACCCCCGGCGGAGCAGAAUGUUAAGCUUUCGGCUGAAGUAGAGCCAUUUAUUCCCCAGAAGAAGAAUCCUGAUACGUUUGUGAUUCCUAUGGCUCUCCCAAAUGAGAAUGGAAGUGUUUCUGGUGUAGAACCAACUCCAAUUCCCAGCUACCUGAUAACUUGCUAUCCAUUUGUUCAGGAAAACCAAUCGAAUAGACAAUUUCCUUUAUAUAACAAUGAUCUACGGUGGCAACAACCCAACCCAAACCCUGCUGGACCAUACCUUGCCUACCCCAUCAUAUCUGCUCAGCCGCCUGUUUCUGCAGAGUAUACUUAUUACCAGCUGAUGCCAGCACCCUGUGCCCAAGUUAUGGGUUUCUAUCAUCCUUUUCCUACUCCAUACUCUAGCACCUUUCAGGCUGCAAAUACUGUCAAUGCAGUAGCCACUGAAUGCACCGAGCGUCCCAGUCAGCUUGGGCAGGUCUUCCCACUGUCCACUCAUCGAACCAGAAACACUAACCGAGGACCAGUAGCACCAAAACAACAACUUUCACAACAGCAUAUAAAGAGCAAAAGGCCACUGGUGAAAAAUGUAGCUACUCAGAAAGAAACGAAUGCAGCAGGACCUGAUACCAGAUCGAAAAUUGUGCUUCUGGUUGAUGCUUCACAGCAGACUGAUUUCCCAUCAGAUAUUGCUAACAAGUCUCUGUCAGAGAGCACUGCCACAAUGCUGUGGAAGUCCAAAGGCAGGAGGAGAAGAGCAUCUCACCCCACUGCUGAGUCCUCCAGUGAGCAGGGGGCCAGCGAAGCUGACAUUGACAGUGAUAGCGGCUACUGCAGUCCCAAACACAACAAUAACCAGCCUGCAGCCGGGGCUUUGCGUCACCCCGAUGCUGGGACCAUGAAUCAUGUGGAAUCAUCUGUGUGUACAGGUGGUGUAAAUUGGACCAAUGUAACUUGCCAGGCAACCCAGAAAAAACCUUGGAUGGAAAAAAACCAGACAUUUUCUAGAGGUGGAAGGCAAGCUGAACAAAGAAACAAUUCCCAGGCUGGAUUCCGAUGCCGAGGACAUAGUACUUCUUCAGAAAGAAGACAGAAUUUGCAAAAGAGACAAGAUAACAAGCAUUUAAACCCUAGUCAGUCCCACAGAAGUGACCCAAAUUCGGAGUCUUUAUAUUUUGAGGAUGAAGAUGGGCUUCAAGAGCUAACUGAGAAUGGAAAUGCUAAGGAUGAGAAUAUUCAGCAGAAACUUUCUUCAAAAGUAUUGGAUGACCUACCCGAAAAUUCACCCAUCAAUAUAGUUCAGACUCCAAUUCCCAUUACCACCUCUGUUCCUAAGCGUGCAAAAAGCCAGAAGAAGAAAGCUUUAGCAGCAGCCCUUGCCACAGCUCAGGAAUAUUCAGAAAUAAGUAUGGAGCAAAAAAAAUUACAGGAAGCUUUAUCAAAAGCAGCUGGCAAAAAGAAUAAAACCCCUGUGCAGCUGGAUUUAGGGGACAUGCUAGCUGCCCUGGAAAAGCAACAGCAAGCCAUGAAAGCACGGCAGGUCACAAACACUCGACCUCUGUCAUACACAGUGGUCACUGCAGGUUCUUUUCAUACUAAAGACUCUACUAAUAGAAAACCCUUAACGAAAAGUCAACCCUGCUUGACAUCCUUUAAUUCUUUGGACAUUGCUUCCUCUAAAGCAAAAAAAGGGAAAGAGAAGGAGAUUGCAAAACUGAAACGACCCACAGCACUUAAAAAGGUUAUUUUGAAAGAAAGAGAGGAAAAGAAGGGACGCUUAGCUGUGGACCACAGCAUUUUGGGAUCUGAGGAACCAACAGAAGUAAAUUUAGAUUUUAUUGAUGAUUUGCCACAGGAGAUUGUUUCCCAGGAAGAUACUGGACUGAGUAUGCCCAGUGAUACAUCGCUCUCUCCAGCAAGUCAGAACUCUCCGUACUGCAUGACUCCCGUGUCACAAGGCUCUCCUGCUAGUUCUGGGAUAGGCAGUCCAAUGGCAUCAUCAACAAUAACCAAAAUCCACAGCAAAAGAUUUAGAGAGUAUUGUAACCAAGUUCUUUGUAAAGAAAUUGAUGAAUGUGUGACUCUUCUUCUCCAAGAGCUAGUCAGUUUUCAGGAACGCAUCUACCAAAAGGAUCCUGUAAGAGCAAAAGCAAGAAGACGGCUGGUGAUGGGUCUAAGGGAGGUUACCAAACACAUGAAGUUGAACAAAAUCAAGUGUGUUAUAAUUUCUCCAAACUGUGAAAAAAUUCAGUCCAAAGGUGGACUGGAUGAGGCUCUCUAUAACGUUAUAGCUAUGGCCCGGGAGCAAGAAAUCCCUUUUGUGUUUGCCCUGGGAAGGAAAGCUCUGGGGCGCUGCGUGAACAAGCUGGUUCCUGUCAGCGUAGUGGGAAUCUUCAACUACUCUGGCGCUGAGAGCCUGUUUAACAAGUUAGUAGAGCUCACGGAGGAAGCCCGGAGAGCAUAUAAAGACAUGGUUGCAGCCAUGGAGCAGGAGCAGGCGGAGGAGGCCCUGAAGAAUGUGAAGAAGGCGCCACACCACAUGGGACACUCCCGCAACCCGUCUGCGGCCAGCGCCAUUUCCUUCUGCAGUGUGAUCUCAGAGCCCAUCUCAGAAGUGAAUGAGAAGGAAUAUGAGACCAAUUGGAGACAUAUGGUGGAAACUUCAGAUGGACUGGAAACAUCAGAAACAGAGAGAGAGGUCUCCUGUGAGCAUAGCUCUUCUGAAAAACCCAGUAAGCCCUUAGGUGACACAGCUUCUGCUGGCAAGCAGCCACCAUUGGUGGCUACAGGCAGCCCUACCUCAGCCACGAACCUGGGGAAGUCUGCCACAGGUGACCGAGAGGAGGGGAGGCCGGACGACCUGGAGUGGGCCUCCCAGCAGAGCACCGAGACUGGGUCUUUGGAUGGCAGUUGCCGAGAUCUUUUGAAUUCCUCCAUCACCAGCACCACCAGCACUCUUGUACCCGGCAUGCUUGAGGAAGAGGAAGAUGAAGAGGAGGAAGAAGAGGAAGAUUAUACGCACGAACCCAUAUCAGUAGAAGUCCAACUCAACAGUAGAAUUGAGUCAUGGGUCUCUGAGACCCAGAGGACGAUGGAGACCCUCCAGCUUGGGAAAACCCUUACUGGUUCUGAGGAAGACCACGUAGAGCAGAAUGGAGAAGAGGAAGCAGAAGGGCCCGAGGUUUCAGAAGCAGGGAUGGAUGGUGACACAUGGACUCCUGACCUGCAGGCUGGUCCUGAGCAGCCAAAGCCCAGCAACGGCAGCUCCGUGAACAAAGAGCGCUCUGAUUCCACACCUCCACCCCAAAACAUGUGACUCAGGAAAUGGGACCACCAUGCUCUGUCUCCAGCUGGGUGAGGGUGGCAGCUAUAACCCUCGAUGCUUCAUCUCACCAUUUUGCUCUGCCCUACAGUUACUCUAUGUGUUUAAUGCCCAACAUUUUUGUUUUUAGCUUUUACCUGUUAUAAUCUAUAGCUUAGAUUUUAAUUAGCAUCUAAAUGUCUAAGAAUUGUGUGGGAAGUUCAGAUUUGUUUCAGUUUACUUUGUUGUGAAAAAUGAUUAAAGAAAGAAGAUCACAUUCUAAUGGAAUUAGUUCUUAAGUAAUGAUUUAAGGUUGUUUUUUAAACUAAAGAUCAAGGAUCUAAGGAUAAAGCAGCUAUACCAAUGUUUCCUUUGAAACCUGUAACUCCUUCACUCUAAUUUGUUGAAUCAAGAAAUAGUUUAGGCUUUAAAAAAAAAAAAAGAGCUAGAGGUAGGACCAGAAGUCCACGAAGUAUAUAUUAUGUUAAAAAAAAAUUCAUGCAGCUUUUAUUUGGUGAUCAUUGUACUCCGUUAAGGUUGGGAUGGGCUAAAACAGAACUUAGGCAAGUGAUAGAGCCACCAUGCCAGAGUAGCGCUGCUGGCCUCAUUUGUGGGAAGCAAUGGAGGUUAUCUCUAAUAGCGAGCAGUUACCAUGAUGGAACCCACCGGGUUCUGUCUUGUAUUUGCUUCUUACUUACCUCAGGAAUGCUCUUGUACAUAGUCUUAUUUCCAUAAAACUAGGCAGGUUUUUGACAGGUGAAUAACUAUAACUGAUUAUAUGCACUUACAUGUAAAACUAUCCCGAAACAGUUAUUCGGAUAUGGUUGGUCUUCCUUGCUUUCAGUUUAGGACCCUCUUGAUUUGAGAUAGGGAUUUGUUUGGAUAUCCAAACUUACCCUGAGUGUAAACCAUUUUCAUCUUAAAAAACAAAAAAAAACGAACACCAAACAUUUCAUACCUGUCCCUGAGCAAUUUCCACCCACCGUAGUUGCUGACAGGAAGUCAGGGAAAGGCAUUUUGCACAACUUGUAACACAUUCUGCCGAGGCUUAGAGGAGAAAGUCUUUAGAAAAAAAGAGAAAGUUGUAGUAAUUGUGCUGAACCUAUUAGAUGAUACAGAGUAUAUAGAUAUAUGCAGGAAUUAAUUUUUUAUUCACUGUUAUUUAUCUCUGCCCUUCUCUAGGAAUGUGUAUACUUGCUUGGGAGAAAUUAAACAUAAUGAGCUAAAGUGUUAUAUUUGCCAGUCAGGCUCCAGUGGGGGAAUUGCAAAUUACCCAUUCUUCCCUCUUCCUUCCACCUCUUCCAUCUCCACUGGCCAGUGUUCUCAUUCACCAUCCUCUUCCCACUGAGAAGCUCCCCUAAGCAGACACAGACAGAGGAGGGAAGAGGUAGUUCCCUGCCCUCCUAGCUAUAUGUGGCAGGGCUUUGCCUCACAGAGGCAGAAGAGAAGAGUUGGGAAUAUCUUUUACUGAAUUCACAAGGACUCUGUGCUAGUUUGAGUUUUUUUUUUACAGUGCUGGCACUUAACUACUGGAGAGAUUAGACUUUUGGUUGAUGAUGGAUGUGAAUUGUGAAAGUGUAGGAGCAUCACUGUAUAGAAAAUGUCAAACCUGUCAACUGUCUUAGUGUGCAGAAAGGGGACAUGAUUGUAUUGUCCUGUCCAAAUGAUUCUCCAGUAUAGACUUAAAGUCACUAAUUACCGACACCUAAAACACAGCAGGUAAGGAAUGAAGCCUUCAAUAUCGUAAUCAUGCAUUGAUCCCUGGCCGAUCUUACUGUCUCUAAACUUGUUUAAGGAAAUGAUAGAGGUUUUGAACUACUGACAAUCCUAGGAGUGAUUUGGAAAACUUUUCCUACUUUUUAAGGUAUUCAUUUCCUUUCUCAGUGUCGGUGAUUCACACAACUCUUGAUCUUGAGUUAAUAGGUUUUCAAAGGUUUCUUAUAUUUUAUAUAUCUUCUAAACAUGAAUUGUCAUUUUAGAUUUUUGAUAUUUGUAUCAAAAGAGAAGCUGAGGAGAUCUUAGAACAUCAGGAACUUAGUUUUGCUAUCAACUUCUGAUGUGUUUGAUUAUGUUUGAUACAUGCUCUUCAUGUCUAGUACCUCCUCUGGCAGCAGAUUCAAGGGACCAGAUUCAUUCGCCUUUGUUGUAUGAAAUGGUCACUUCUAGAGGACAACCCAAGACUUAUUAAAGGAAAUGCUCCUAUUACACUGAGAGUAUCCUUAAGUAUAUAUCGAUAUGUUUACCAUUUGUUUUAGUAAAUUUUGGAACUUGCAUAUUUUGAACUGCAGGCUGUAUGAGAAGUGGGACAGGCUUGGUUAGGUUUGUCUUAGGUCUCUUUUGGUUUGGAAGUGCUUGUGGUUCACUCCUUGGAGACUUAAGAGUAAGGAUUCAUCAGUGCAGAAAAUGAAACCAGUGAUGUCUUUCUUAGCAUAGAGAAGCUAUUUCAAUACAGACGAGUAUGACCUACAGUGUGGGUUCCAUUCCUCCUCAAGUUAGACGUCUGCUUCAGAAGGGCAGUUUGCUAUGAGAAUGACUUCUCAGAAUUAAUUUCAGGUUUGACUGGUUGUAAAUGAUGUAAUCUAAUUUCUUUUGACUAAACAUGGAGAAAAAUAACGUGUUACAAAUAGAAAAGUUUUUACAGGCUUUGACUGGAGGUCAUUUUUUGCAGAGAUGGUAUUUUAUAUGCUUCCAGUAUUUGGAAAAGAGCUAGUCAAGAGGAAUUCACAUAGUUUCAAUAUUGAUAAUUUAAUAUCUGAAUAAUGUAGUUGUCUGAUUUCUUAAUAAGCUGGGGGAGGUGGGAGGGGUGGGAAUUAUAAUGUGCAAAUGAAUAGCAAUCUCUACAUUCAUUUCCAACUUAACAUAAAACCGCUAAUCGUAACACAUUGUUACUUUAAUAUAUGUAUAAAGAAGUAUUACCGUUUGUAAAACUGUUUGCUUAAACAAAUCUUAUCAUGUAAGUAUUUUCUGUACAUUGUGCCAACAGAUGAGGACACAAAUCUGCUAAAAACAAAAACAACUUAUCUUCUUUUUGAUUUUAAUUUUUUUUCUCUGAAAUAAUUUAUUUACAGACAUCUCCCCGUCCUUACAACCAGUAACCUCACAGGAAUCAGCCAGGCUGUUCACCUGUGAAAUCUGAAUUCUUAAUCAGUGAUAAAGAUCGAAACUCUGUUGGCACAUCACACCUUAAAAGUAUUUGUAUUAUUUUGUAAUUUAAUUUCUAAAUAUACCACACAAAUUUAUAACUUAAUGUUUUAAUUGUAAUGCUCUAAUAAAAACUAGCGAAAUUAAUA